UUUGUCAACCUGUGAGGAUUUGACCGGCUCGUUGUACCCGUUUUCUUCGUUCAGGCCAAACUUCUUCACUCCUUGACAGACGCUCAACCGUACAGCUACAGAAUGGAUCUCGCUAACAAAGACGACUUUACCUUCUUCAUGCGUCGUGCUCUGACAUCAUCUGAUGAUGAUUGUUACAUUGAGUUGUACAAUCUUCUUCUCAGAUCCUUUGUAGCUGCAGAUGUUGAUUUUGACGGGAAGGUGUCAGUUGAUGAGUUCGACAGCAUGAUCGAAGCUGCUGCUGCUCUUCUCAGAAAGUUUGGAUACCAGUGGUGGGACGAGGCUAAGUGCCCCGAUGAGGCCACCAGGAAAACCGUCAGAGCCGCGCUCUUUACCAAGAUUGAUGAGAACAAUGACGGAGUGAUGAGGAGGAAAAGGAUUUGUGUAUGCAAGAAGUGUACUGAGCCCAACACCCCUGAGUACAGGCGUCUGUACUGGUUCCAUUGGCAGUGCUUCCAGGCUGCCGACGCUGAUCGUGACGGAAUGGUUUCUGGAGAUGAAUUCAACAAGAUGAUCGAUAUGGCAACAUCUGCACAAAAGAGGUUGGGAAUGGAGACCCCCUUCCAGUCCACCGAGGAGAGGACCGAGAUCUUCAAGAAGAUGGACGAGAAUGGUGACGGAUCCAUCUCCUUCGAUGAGUGGUUGAACUUCAGCCUCAACGAUAUCAUUGCUAAAGUCGCGUCCUUGUAA